UUUAUAUUGCACCAUAUCGAGUUAAUUAAUGAUCAGUGCUUUGUUUUUAAAAGUCAAAAAACCUAAGGACCUACAAUGGUAUGAGUUUUUGUUAUUUUUUAGCUAAGAUAUGGAAACAAGCAAAAAAAAAAUAGCUGAUGCAAAAUUUAAUUUAAGAAGAGAGGAAAUUCCACCAGAAUUUCAUGAUCCGUUUAUCAUCAGAGGAUAUCGAAAACCAUAUUUAUCAUUUAAAGAUUGCCUAAAGAGUUCGGUUGUGUUUUCGUGCAAUGAGUCCUUUAAUAUUUUGUCUCAUUUCUUCUCUUUUCUAUUCUUUAUAACAAUAUUUAUUUCAUACUUCAAAACAGAAUUGGAUAUAACUGAUGUUAAAACAUGGCCUUUAGCGCUCAACGUUAUUGGAAAUAUAGGGUUUAGUUUUAUGAGUACAACAGCACAUACUUUUAACUCGAUGUCAAUUGAAGCAAGACACAAAUGUUUUUACCUAGACUACGCAGCAAUAUCAAUUUAUACGUACUGUUCGGGACAAGCUACAUUCUACUAUUCAAGAGCUUUAUUUUCAGAAAAAGAAUUUUUUAAAAACUCAUAUUAUUUUAAUUUUGGAGCAAUGUUUAUUUCGAUUAUGUCAACCUUAUUAAAUUGUUUAUCAAGAAGAAAAUGGCAUUCUUCAAAAUACGUUAUACGAACAAUGGCAUACGUAAUAGCUUAUGUAUGGAACUGUGUUCCAUACGCUUAUCGAUUAAUGAUAUGUAACAAUCCUUUAGAUUGCAACAAAAGUGGAUUAUUUUUAUCUCUGCUAAGCGCACUGACCUUAUUAGGAGCAGGAGUAUUAAAUAUUACAAAGUUUCCUGAACGUUUUUAUCCUGGUAAGUUUGACUGUUGUGGGCAAAGUCAUAACUUAAUGCAUGUUUUAGUAACAUUGGGUUGCUUUUUUCAAUUAGAGUUUGCUAAGCACGAAAUGUUGCGUGGAAUUUCACAAGGAUUUAACUACGAAAGUUCUUUACACCUGACAAUAUUUACCGUUUUUGUUAGCUUACUAAUAGCAGCAGUGGUUCCUGCCAAUGAUGACAAAGAUAUAAACUAUAAAAAUAAAUAACUAAACAUUAAUUACUUUUUGUUAAACAAAAAUUGAUCAAUUAAUGUUAGUUUAAAGCAAUAAAAAAUAGAAUAAAUAAAUAAAAGAAAACUAAUAAUAGAUAAAAUAUAGUGUUGUAAAUGAAAUAUGGUAUAAGAUGUAAAGCAAGACGUCAGUAGAAUACUUUGUUAGUGUUGUUUCUAAAACAUAAAUUAUUUAUGGAAAUAAAUAAAAAAUAUGUGUUAUAGAGAAUGAUGAAACUGAUAACAGUAAAAAUUUGCAAAAAAUCA